CGAACUAGAGCCGCGUGGUUCCCCCAGCUGUUGCACGCCGCUAAAUUCACUUUUUUGUUUAUUCCAUCGAUCCGAGCAAGAUGACCGCGAAUGUAACAAUAGAACUGGCCCUAGAUCGGGUGGACUGGAGAGAUCUAGCAGCCCAUCCGGGAAACCUUCCUCGGGUCUAUACGCCUGGCGAAGUGCUAAUGCCAGAGGCUGGCUUCAUGCGAGGCCAUGGAACGUUUGUGGAGGACGAAAACAUCAAGGCCUCGGUGGCCGGUGUGAUCGAGAAGGUUAACAAACUGAUCUCCGUGCGACCACUAAAGAGCCGUUAUGUGGGUGAGAUCGGUGAUGUGGUAGUGGCCCGGGUCAUUGAGGUCCAACAGAAGCGCUGGCGCGUAGACACCAAUUCAAGGUUGGAUUCGAUUCUGCUGCUUUCGUCCGUAAAUCUUCCGGGUGGAGAGCUCAGGAGGAGAUCGGCCGAGGAUGAACAGAUGAUGCGGCGGUAUCUGGACGAAGGGGAUCUUAUUUCCGCCGAAGUUCAAAAUAUCUUUGAGGAGGGCACUCUGUCGCUCUAUACGCGGAGUUUGAAGUACGGGAAACUCUCACAGGGCGUUCUGGUCAAGGUCUUUCCUGCUCUCGUCAAGCGGCGUAAGAUGCACUUCCACAACUUGCCCUGUGGGGCCUCUGUGAUCCUUGGAAACAAUGGCUACAUCUGGAUUGCGCCCACUAAGGGCCAGGAACAGGAUGGCGGUGAGGGAGGAUUUGCGCAAAACUUAAACGAACAUGUGCCGCGAAACGAUCGCGAGGUGAUUGCUCGGCUGAGAAACUGCGUCCUGGCUUUGGCCAAGUGCAAGCUAAUGAUCUACGACACCAGCAUCCAAUACGCCUACGAGGAGUCUCUGAAGUAUGAAGCCCACGAAUUGCUGCAACAAAAUGCCAUCUACGAUAUUGGGGAGCAAACUCAGGCGAGGCUGCGGGACUCGGACGACUAGGACUAGAUCAUAAAUAAAUAAAUAGUUUUUUCUCUAAUGCCCUCCA